CUCCAGGCAGACAAACUGUUGAAAGCACUGAAGCAACACUUUGAUGGAACAAAACAACAGAGUGAAAAUAUGGACUCUGAAAAAAGUGCCUCUGCUCUCAUCAAAUCAGAUGAACUGAACAAUGAGGAGGAAAUGAUGUCUCAUUCAGUGUCUUUUAUUACAAGAAGAUGUGGCAAAGAAAAGAAAGUCACCAGAAAAAAAAGGAACUCCACUGAGGAUACUAAUACCAGUGAGGAAAAUACAGAGCUUUCUGAUGAGAAAGAGAUGCAUUUGGAAAUGAAAGAAAACGAGGUGCCUCAGGGUGAGCAAGGGAAGGGACAGAAGGUAUUGCAAACUGAGGAACAAGUGACUAAAAAGAGAGCUAUUGAGAGCCCAGGGAUGGGUCCUGCUCAGAAAGAACAGCCAAAGACGACUUCUACUAAAAGUGCCGGAGGUGAAUGGGAUGCUCUUCAGGCAGGAGGGAAGAUUCCUGUAUAUGCAGGCCGUGCAUCUAGGUCUGGGAAAAAAGGAAUGAAAGCUACUACACCAAACUUCAAGAAGUUGCAUGAGGCUCAUUUCAAGAAAAUGGAAUCUAUUGCUGACUACAUUGAGAGGAAAAAGAAAAUUAUUGAAAGCUGCAGCAGUUCUCUCAAUGAAGUAAAGAAACAAACCAGCAGCAAAACGUUCUUAUUCAGCCCAAAUCCAGAAAGAGGCAAAUUCUCCCCCACCUGCACCCCCAGUAACCGCCGGCGCUCACCGCGCAGUUCUCUGAAUGCCAGUCGGAGUAUUUUAUCCAAGAAAUCUUCAUUUAACCCUUCUGUCCUUUCAACAACCAAAAUGAACGUCAGGUUCUCAGAAGCCACAAAAGACAAUGAGCACAAACGCUCCCUUACCAAGACUCCAUCUAGAAUGUCUCCAUACCUGGCAAUAUGCACACCUGAGAGCCAUAGGAGCUGCAAAUCAGCAAGUCGGAAAAACAGCGUGGGAAAUGCAAGAAACAAUGACCUAACUGCAUCAAAGGCUGUCACCCCCUUCAAGUUUUCGGCUCACCCUGCAGAACCCACAAGCACCAAGAAGACAUUUGAUCUCAAAGCAAGUCUCUCAAGGCCACUUCGGUAUCAGCCACAUAAAGGAAGACUAAAACCUUGGGGAGAAUCUAAAGAAAAUACUGUCCCAAGUAAGCCUGGCAGCAACAUCUCUUCACGUAAGAAAGACUACAAACAGCCUCAUCUCCAGACGAGGGAAGAAAGGCGGGAGAAACAUGAGCAAGAAAGAAAGAAGAAAAAGGCUCAGGUUCUUGAAAACCGCAGAGGAGUAUCUGUGGGUUAG